AGUACGAUAUCAUGACACUGAACUUGAGAUUACGUACAAGCAACUUUACUCCGGUGGAUUACAGCAAAUGGCAGCGAACUACCGAACCUCAUCUGCUCUGGGCAGCUCCUCACAAGACACUACUACCACAACAGAAUAACAAAGAGACUUUCGUAACCAGACAACAUCAGACAGGUAUAUCAGCAAAACCCCAACAAAGCACUACCCACAAUGAUUCCACAACAUUCCCCAAAUUCACUAAGAGAACUGAAAAAAGGAUGCAGGAUCAAGUUACCACAACAAAAAAUAUAAAAAAAUUAAUGUUACUCAUCAUGUCCAGGAGAGAGGCUAUAAAAGAUCUGGAGGAGCAUUGUGAGCAACUUCAAGAGAUGAACCUGCAGGUAGCCAGGAGCAUUGUGGAUACAGACAGAAACUCGCUCUCUAGGGAUAAAGACCUGCUUAACCAGCAAGAACAAAUGAGGAGAUCAAUGGCAGGGUUGAAGCGAUGGAGUGACAGUCAAAUUACAAGUAUCAAAGCAGAGCUGACAGAUGCAAAUGAAACAUCACAGACACAACUCAGUGGUUUGCAGGAGCAGCUGGAUAUGGUGAAAGCAAAAGUGAUGGCGGCUCAAAAGCAACUGCACAGUUUGAAGACAUACAAAGAUAUGAAGUUCCCAGUCAAGGCCCUGCAGAUUGCAGACAUGGAGAGACAGCUGAAAAGACUGAGGGAUGUGCAGCAGAAUGAGAAGGAAGAUGUGAGUGUGGUGUUUGAGAAAGAAAUGGUCAAUUUAAAGAGACGUCGCCAACAGAAAGAACAGGGAGUUCUGUCUGCUUUUGUUGAGAAGCAUGCAUGUUACGUCCCUCCCGUUGUCAAACUGAUUUCCUCACAAAACCACAGGAUGAGGGAAGAGAUCCAUAUGCACAGACAGGAAAUAAUUCAACUGGAGCAGAGGAACAAAGAGCUCAUGAAGAGUAUUCGUGAACUGCAACUAUCAAGACCAAACAUCAGGAGAGAGAUCUUUCCAGAUGUUUUCCUCAAAUCAGAUAAGUGUACUCCAGAUAUGGAUGUCCAUCUCAGUGUACCACGAGAGGAUUUACUCCCCAUAUAAACCUGUGCUAACGGCAUUACCUUUUUGAGUCUUGACUUGAGCUGCUGUAUAUUAGAGAAGAAAAUUAAGGAAGCCACUUCAUUAAAUCACAUUCUGCAGAGGUCAAAACAUUAGAUUGAUUGUUUCAUUUGUUUUAUUUGUCUUUAUGUCCAGUAUAGAGGCUUUACAGUACUGUAUUUGCCAUAAUCUUUUGAUGUGUCUGCAUAUUAAGAAAAUCGCAUUGCCUUGUAAAUUAUUCAACACAGCCUGCACAUGUACAGUAACUAUUUCAUUUUGUAAACAGUAAUAGAAUGCUCCUUUACAAUAAGACCUAUGUUUUACAUAUCUAUGACUUUUUUCCAGACUAGUUUUAUCUCAGACUUCUGAAAAGCAUGUUAUGUGUAAUUUUGUUUUAGAAAUGUUUGCUAAGUUCACGUGACUGCAAGAUGCCUUCAAUUUUCAUUGGAUGUGCGUUGUAGGCCUAUCUUCCCAUGUAGUUUCUGGGACCAGUCAGCAAGCAAGUUUCAUUACAAUUAAUGAAACUUUAACGUGUUAGUCUUCGUGUUUCAUUUUAUGACUAUAUAUGACUCUGUUUAUUCUGUAAAUGGAGCAUUUCUGAGCCUUUUUUGUAAAACUUGAAAGCAGAAGUUUGGUGACAUUGAUGUAAUUGACCAAUGUGUGGGAACGAGGCUUUGCUCUGUAAACACUUAUGGAUUUCAGCACCCCAGUGUACUGGCGACGGGUUUGAUUACUUCUGUUGUUUCCUUUGGAAAAGGUUCAGAAAAGCCUCAGAGAAUAAAAAAAAUCCUGCUAAAACUGCAAGAUCAAGGCAAGGAAUAAAGCUUA